AUGCCAAAAGUAAAAAAAAUCGUUCAACCACCAGAUGUACAACAAUCAAUAGGAGGACACCAACAAGCAGCAUCAUUCACAGGUAUAGAAGCAGUAGAAUUACCUAGAGCAGUAGUUAUGAAACUUGCUAAAUCUACUGGACCUGGAAAUAUGAAAUUAGCAAAAGAAGUGCCAGUUGCAUUAACCAAAGCAAGUACAGUUUUUAUAAAUUAUUUAGUUUCAAUUGCUCAUGGAAUUGCAGCAGAAAGAUCAGAAAAAUCAUUAGGUGCAAGACACGUACUUGAAGCAUGUAAAGAAUUAGAAUGGUCAGAUAGUGAAGAGAUGAUCAGAACAUUAAAAACCGAACUAGAAGCAUUUCGAAAAUUAAAUGCAGCAAAGAAAGUAGAAAAAGCAAGUAAACCAGAACCAAGAACCGUUCCAGAAACAACAACCAAUUUGAUCCAAGAAAGUGGGUCUCAGAAUGUAGAAGGAUCUAAACAAGGAGUUCAAGAAGAAGAAGAGAAUGAAGAAACAGAAGAAGAAGAAAUUGAAGAUAGUAUGCAAAUUGAUGAGAAUCAAGUUAAUAUAAAUCAUCAUCAUCAACAACAACAACAACAGAGUGGAUCAGUUGCUUCUUCUGAUAUAAUGGAAAGUGAUGAAGAAGAAAAUCAAGAAUAA